GGACAGUGCACUCACAUGGCAAGUCCAUAUAGAGAGCCUCUGUACCAAGCUCCAACAGAGAAUGUACUUUUUAAGACGACUAAGGCUGUAUGGUGUGUUAAUAACAGGCUUCUGUUUUUAUUUUUCCAAAUGAUCUUAGAAAGUAUGAUACAGUAUGGCGGUCAAACAUGGUACAGGAAUCUGACGGUUGAGUUAAAAGCCAAGUUGAGGCGUCUGGUUAAAACGACACGGAAUAUUGCUGGUCACCAAGAACAGGAAUAUACAGUAUGUAGUCCCUCUAUGAAAAGUCAGUGUUCAGGGAGGCACUGAAGAUUCUAGAGGACACCACACAUAUUCUGCAUCACACAUUCACCCUGCUACUCUCAGGUCAACGUUUCAGAACAUUAAACUGUGCAGACUGAAAAAAUAUAAGAACUCUGUUGUCCCGACUGCCAUAAGAAUGCUUAAUGACAGAUGAGACAUGCCAUACAGAUAUGCCAUGAUAUAUGAUAGAAGAAAGGAGAAGUUCAAGAACUCCAUGUGUCAACAUAGUGAUUUAAAGCGUAAGUCUUUUUUUGCAGGCAUACAUUUUAUGAUGUGAAACCAGAGGUUGACAAACUGGGAGUUUGUAAUUUGUCAUUGUAAUUCUGUCAUUUUUUGGGGAAACAGAUGCAGAACUUGGGACACAAUACCCUGCCCCGUCUCGCGAACUCCUCAUUCCAGGACGUCAUGGCUCUGCAUCUGCUCGUCUGGCUGGUCCUGUCUCUCACGAGCACCAGCUCUCACCCACUUUCCCGUCGAAGUAACGGGCUCCGGGAAUGCCGUAGCAACGGGUCCCUCAGGGCUCUAGAGGUGUUACCAGGUGGAGGAUGGGACAACCUCCGUAAUCUGGACAUGGGCCGAGUGAUGAACUUCAGCUAUUCACAGUGCCAGAUGACAGAAGACGGAGUCUACCUUAUUCCUGAUGAAGUUUUUGUAAUACCACAGAAGGUCAGCGGCGUGGAGACCAACUCUGACAUCAUCUCCUCAUGGCUCGACCAAAGCAGCACCACAUCUUCUUCCAUCAACGGAGAUGCGUCUUUCUUCUCCGUCCUCAACGCAAAGUUCUCUACGGAGAAUAAACGAAUGAAGACGCACCAAGUCAGGGAGACUUCUGUCACUGCUCGUGUUCAAGUGAGGAACCAUAUCUACACUGUGAAGGCGUACCCAGACUUCACCCUGGACUCUCGCUUCGCCCGUCAGGCUGAGGAAAUUGCUGACGCCAUAGAAAACAACCAAACUCGACAGGCAGCUUACCUAUCAGAGAGGCUGGUCCUUGACUACGGCACGCAUGUGAUAACAACCGUUGAAGCUGGCGCUUCAUUGAUGCAGGAAGAUUACCUAAAGGCGUCUUAUGUUUCUAACAUGGACAGCUCUAAAUCCACCGUCACAGCAUCAGCCGGACUGAACUUCUUCAAAAUAAUUAACUUCAACAUUGGUAGCGAAUCCGUAAAAGAGACGACAGAGACCCGUGGCUAUGCAGGAAAUGUGACAUACUCGCUGACCCUGAGCCAUGGCGGGGCGUCGUUCUAUCCCGGAAUAACUCUGCAAAAAUGGCAAGAAAGCACUCUGAACAACCUGGUAGCCAUAGACCGCUCGGGUUUGCCUAUCCACUACGUCCUCAGCAAGGCCGCGUUCCCUGAUCUUCCAGAGCCCACUGUUCGUAAGCUGGCCUUGUCGGUUCGCCAGGCUGCCCAGCGUUACUAUACCAUCAACACACGCCCAGGAUGCGUCAAGCCAGAUUCACAGAAAUUCAACUUUCAGGCCAAUGUAGAUGACGGCAGUUGCGAGGGCGCGGCAACUAACCUGAGUUUUGGUGGCGUUUAUCAACGCUGCACUCAGCUCACGGCAGAUGCGCGUUCGAUUUGUGAUGCCCAAGGCCAGAAAAACCCAGAGACUGGUGAUUACUCCUGUCGCACCCCCUACCAGGCAACCCUGUUGCAAUCGCAGAACGUGGAGGAAGGCUACAGUCAAUAUGAAUGCCACAGGCAGUGCCACAGGUGUUGGCUAUUUGCAACGUGUUGCAAAGUUGUGUGUGGCGACGCCUAUCAUGUUAAGCGUGCCAAAAUCGAGACCUACUGGUGCUCCACAGACCAAGAAACCAAGCAGUACUCUGGCUUCCUCUUUGGUGGCCUCUAUGGCCCUUCCCAGGAGAACCCUUUGAUUAAAUCCCGCAGCUGCCCUCCAAACUUCGUCCCACUCAAACUCCUCACCAACGGCCUGACGGUGUGCCUGAGUAAAGACUAUGAGGCCGGUACCCGCUUCUCUGUCCCUUUCGGCGGGUUCUUCAGUUGCAGUGCAGGCAACCCUCUCAUGGGCGGCCAACGUCGCUGCCCGCCCCAAUUCAGCCAGCACCUGGCGGCCAUCAGCGACGGGUGUGAGGUGCUGUACUGCGUCCAAUCAGGUAUCUUCACAGGCGGGCAGCUGCUGCCCAUACACCUGCUGCCCUUCACCCGCCCUCCUGUUAUCAGCCUGGUGGCCACCAACACCGUGACCGUCAUGACCGAGGGUGACAAGGCCUGGGUACGCAUUGGGGACACCAAGAUGUGGAAACUGGCCAAGGCAGACGAGGUCCAAAAGGUGGCGAACCAGCUGAACGGCUCCGAGUUGACGGGAGGGGAGAAAUUUGGCGUUGCCGUGGGUGUCAUGACCCUGGUGGCGCUGGUGGUGAUUGGUGCAGUUGUCAUCAUGAAGAAGAGGAAGAGGAUGACUGCUAGGCCUCUGAUUGGCAGUGGGUAUGAGGAGAUAACCAGUGCGGGGCAGGCAGGGAGUGAGAGAGGGGCCGGUCAGGAUGGGUCUCAGCCAGAGGAGGCAGCAGGAGACGACCCUACUCAGGCCCUGCUGGCUUAGGGUCAAAGGUCAUCGUAUGCUGUCAGCAAAAAGAAAACAGAGGACAGCGCUCCUAGACACUUAAGACUCUACUGUAUCGGGUUAAUUAAGUCUAAAGUAACUAGGAGUGCUGUCCUCUCUUAUGUAUCUUCUCUUGGGGAAUUAGCACCCAAUUACCCUUACUGUUACAUGCAUACAGUUUAUUGAUUAUAUUCUACUCUUCUUCAAUUGUCUUCUACUGUCAGUGUAUAAGAAUCAAGGUCUGUGAAAGCAGCAAUGAAAGGUUAGACAGUAAUAUGUGAUUUUAUCUUUUCUUCAUAUCAUAUUCAUGAGAUAUCUGUCAAAAUCAGUGGUCCCUGAAAGGUGAAUGUAAUCAAGGUUGAGACUGGGGUCUGUCUUUAUUUGUAAUGUAUGAUAAUCACAUUUUUAAAAUAUUAAUAGUACAUAUUCAGAUUACAGAAAACAGAAUAAAACCUAAUUCAGUGUUUUCUGGAAUUGGAAUAGGCACUAUUCAUUCAAGGCACCUUAUUAAACACUGAGCCACUUAGUAUGUCUGGUAACAUUAUACGCACACUGUAGAACUAGCACCUUCAUUUCACAUAUGAAAAGAAUGUGCAGAAUGCAAUGUAUGCCACAUGUAUGCCGAGUAUGCCACAGAGAAGAAAAGCUAACAAAAGAUAAAGAAAUAUUUACUCUGCGGACUGUGCACUAUACUUUCUCAACUGUAUAAUAAUCAUAUUAUUAACAUGUCUCUAUCCAUGUUACUUUUGUACUUUUG